AGAGAAAGAGGGCGGGGAGGAAAGAUCCUGAGAGAGAGAGAGAGAGAAAGAAAGAAAAGAAGAGGGAAUGGAGAGAGAGAGAGAGAGAGAGAGAAAGGAGGGAGGAUCGCUUUAUAGCUGCUAAGAUUGCAGACAGAAAUAGCACACAACCACCGUGAGCUGUACCCGACUCAGAACCAAGACAAAUUUUAUUCAUUUUCAUUAAUCAGUUCCUCAGAAAGAAGGAAAUGGCAUCUGGUCCUGUCUUCGUCUACAUCUUAGUGAUUGGAAAAUAUUUCACUCAUGGGAGUGGACAGGAUGUCCAGUGCUCCCUUGGACAUUUUCCCUGUGGGAACAUCACAAAGUGCUUGCCUCAGUUUCUCCACUGCAACGGCGUGGACGACUGUGGGAAUCAGGCCGACGAGGACGACUGUGGAGACAACAAUGGAUGGUCUCUGCAAUUCGACAAAUAUUUUGGCAACCACAAUGAAAUGACCUCCUCAUAUUCCUUUGAGACAAAAACAUCUGAAUGCUUGCUUGGUUCUGUGCCUGGGCAUUGUUUUUGCGGAGGUCUACAGCUUGACUGUGAUGAAGCCAAUUUACGAGCUGUUCCAUCAGUUUCUUCAAAUGUGACUAUAAUGUCACUCCAGUGGAACAUCUUAAGAAAGCUUCCUCCUGAUGGCUUCAGGAAGUACCACUAUCUUCAAAAGCUGUAUCUGCAACACAAUAAGAUUAGGUCUGUAUCCAUCUCUGCUUUCAAAGGACUGCACAGCCUUACUAAACUGUACCUCAGUCAUAACAGAAUAACCUUCCUGAAGCCAGGUGUUUUUGAAGACCUUCACAGACUAGAAUGGCUGAUAAUUGAAGAUAAUCACCUCAGUCGAAUUUCCCCACUAACAUUUUAUGGACUAAAUUCUCUUAUUCUCUUGGUGCUGAUGAAUAAUGUCCUGACACAUUUGCCAGAUAAACUUUGUCAGCACAUGCCAAAGCUACAUUGGCUGGACUUUGAAGGCAACCAUAUCCAUAAUUUAAGAAAUUUGACGUUUAGUUCCUGCAGUAAUUUAACUGUUUUGGUAAUGAGGAAAAACAAAAUUAAUCACUUAAGUGAAAAUAGUUUUGCACAUCUCCAGAAACUAGAUGAAUUGGAUUUAGGUUGUAAUAAGAUUGAAAAUCUUCCACCACGCAUAUUUAAGGAUCUGAAGGAGCUGUCACAAUUGAAUAUUUCCUACAACCCGAUCCAGGAAAUUCAAGCAGAUCAAUUUGAUUAUCUAGUCAAACUCAAGUCUCUCAGCCUAGAAGGAAUUGAAAUUUCAAAUAUCCAACAAAGGAUGUUUAGACCUCUUAAUCUUUCUCACAUAUAUUUUAAGAAAUUCCAAUAUUGUGGAUAUGCACCCCAUGUUCGCAGCUGUAAACCAAACACUGAUGGAAUCUCAUCCCUUGAGAAUCUUUUGGCAAGCAUCAUUCAGAGAGUGUUUGUCUGGGUUGUAUCUGUGGUUACCUGCUUUGGAAAUAUUUUUGUCAUUUGUAUGCGACCUUAUAUCAGAUCUGAGAACAAACUGCAUGCCAUAUCAAUCAUUUCUCUGUGCUGUGCUGACUGCCUAAUGGGAAUCUAUUUAUUUGUGAUCGGAGCAUUUGAUCUCAAGUUUCGAGGAGAAUACAAUAAGCAUGCUCAGCUGUGGAGAGAAAGUAUUCACUGUCAGCUUACCGGAUCUCUGGCCAUUCUGUCCACAGAAGUAUCCGUUUUACUCUUAACAUUUCUGACAUUGGAAAAGUACAUCUGCAUUGUGUAUCCUUUUAGAUGUUUAGGACCUCGAAAAUGCAGAACAGUAACAGUUCUGAUUCUCAUUUGGAUGAUUGGGUUCAUAGUGGCUCUCAUUCCACUAAGCAAUAAGGAUUUUUUCAAAAACUACUAUGGCACCAAUGGAGUUUGUUUCCCUCUUCAUUCAGAAGACACAGAAAAUAUUGGAGCCCAGAUUUAUUCAGUGACAAUUUUUCUUGGUAUUAACUUGGUGGCAUUUAUAAUUAUAGUUUUUUCCUAUGGAAGAAUGUUUUAUAGUGUUCAUCAAAGCACUGUAACAGCAACUGAAUUACGGAAUCAAGUUAAAAAAGAGAUGAUUCUUGCCAAGCGUUUUUUCUUUAUUGUAUUUACUGAUGCAUUAUGCUGGAUACCCAUUUUUAUACUGAAAUUUCUUUCACUUCUUCAGAUAGAAAUACCAGAUACCAUAAAUUCUUGGGUUGUGAUUUUUAUUCUGCCUAUCAACAGUGCUUUGAACCCAAUUCUUUAUACUCUGACCACAAGACCAUUCAAAGAAAUGAUCCAUCAGUUUUGGUAUAACUACAGACAAAGAAGGUCUCUCAAGAGCAAAGGAAGUCAGAAAACAUACACUUCCUCAUUCUGGGUGGAAAUGUGGCCACUGCGGGAGAUACCACCUGAGUCAAAGAAGCCUGCUGCUUUCACAGACCCCUGUGAAAUGUCACUAAUUUCUCAAUCAACUCGACUCAAUUCCUUUUCAUAACUAACCCUGAAACCCAUUUCUUCACAGAGAAUACUGUAGAAUGCUUCAGGAGGCAUUUCAUAGUAUUAAACAAAUACCAAAAAAUUAAUAAUUUAUAAUAAUGUCUAAGACAAAUCAGUAUACAAGGACACAAGGAAAAAUAAAGAAGUUAAUGCUCAUACAAAGGAAAGUAAUUAUAUUGGUAAUGCAUAUAUAUUAGAUAUACAUUUUGCACAGAAAAUUAAGAGAUAUAUACUCAGAGAAAUUAAUUCUUCUAAAAUUCAUUUAUUCAGUACCCACAGUGCACAUUGCAUUGCAGUUAAUUGCCAGAAGUAGACAGUACAGAAUCUCUUCAAUCUGUAAAUUGUGUUUAACUACAAAGGCCACACAAAGCCCGUCAGCCGUUCCUAGUUUAGAGCUUCAUCUGUCAUGCAUAAGCAAACUUAAGAAUCAUAGACAUUUUUAAGUAAAGAUUUAAGGUUUUGGAA